CUCUCCUCACCGUCUCUACUCUCUCUAUCUGUGUGUGUGUGAGUCUCCUCUACUGCUCUCUUGCCCUUUGAUCUUUCUCCAUUAUUGGUUGUACACACACACACACACACACACACUGCACAGAGAAAGAGAGAGAGCAGAGCCGCGGGAAGCAGCAGGCACGGCCACUGCCCCGGUCAGUGUUCGCGACAGUCCCCGGAUCUACCCUACUAACCAACGAGGACACUCUACACGGGAGUCCAGGAGUAUCCUUUCGUUCCAACGAAGAUAAGGAUACACGUUUCACCCCACAGACCUGAGAAGAAGAAUGUAAAAAAAAGAAGGAAAAUGCCUCGGAAAAAGCAAGACCAACCGCAGCGCUUAGGGCUACAAUCACAUGGGGAUAAGGCCCCAGCAGCAGACACAGUCACAGAAGAAGAAGAGAUGAGUUGUGUCAGUGAUACAGAGGAAAGAACACCCACCUCCUCCCCCAAACCUCCCCCAUCCCUGACCCCUACACCCACCUCCUCCCCCAAACCUCCCCCAUCCCUGACCCCUACACCCACCUCCUCCUCCAUCCCUCUGACCUCCAACCCAUUGGACCACAACGCUACACCAACACCCACCUCCUCUUCCAUGGUCGUCCAGGAUCGAGGCCCGGGUCUGGGGUUAGGCCAGGAUCUCAGCCAGGACACCAUGGAUAACCCUCUGGAUAAGGACCUGUCCCUCUCCUCCAUCCUGGCCCUGCUGUGUGGGGGGAACCCUCUCCAAGGCCUGGGUAGAGAGCUAGCUUCCAGCCCACCCUGUGCCCUGGAGCCUGGGGUUACGACCCUGGGAGGAGAGGGAAGGAUGAAGGGAGGAAGGAGAGAAGGAGGAGAAGGAGGAGGAGGAGGAAGAGAGGGAGACUCUUCUCCGCUGGGUUUACUCCCAGAUGUCCCUCCUCUCUCCCAGCAUUCUUUGCAGCUCAGCGCCCUGGCCCAGAGAGUAGCCAAGACCUCCUCCUUUUCUUUCACCCUCUCCUCCUCCUCCUCCUCCUCUCCUGCUGCUGUCUCCUCUAAUCAGCAGGUGUCUGGGUGUUCCUCCAGGGACUUCCAUGGGAGGCCGGCAGGGCUGGAUGUGUGGCCCAGCCUCGGGUGCUCCUGGGCGGGUAAAGAGGGCCGCCUCUCCCCUGAUUCUGCCAUCCAGAGGCUGAGAGCAGCAGCAGCCAAUGCUGUGCUACACAACAGGCCCACGGAACCCUCCUCCUCUUCCUCUCUCUCUUCCUCCUUUAUCCCCUCCUCCUCUUCCUCCUUUAUCCCCUCCUCUCCCUCCCUCUCUUCCUCCUUUAUCCCCUCCUCCUCUCCCUCCCUCUCUUCCUCCUUUAUCCCCUCCUCCUCCACCCUCACUGCCCUGUCCCAGAAGGUCAACCUGCGAGUCUCAACUCACAGAACAGAGCUCCUCCAGGGUAGUGGAGAACCAGAGGGGGCCAGAGCCUAG